CAGCAGUGUGAUUUCAGACCAACCCACCAGCUGCUACUGCUGCAGGAGGAGUGCGUGCUGCCCACUGACAUCCUCAUGCUACAUCCGCCACAGAACGACACCCACACUGAUCUCACCACGAAACAAGAUGCCUCUGCCCGUUCAGGUGUUUAACUUCCAGGGGUCUGUGGAGCCGAUGCAGAUUGAUGCAGACCCCCAGGAGGACCAGCAGAAUGCUCCAGACACCAACUACAUAGUGGAGAACCCAACACUGGAUCUAGAGCAGUAUGCAACCAGCUACAGUGGAUUAAUGCGCAUUGAGAGACUUCAGUUCAUCGCUGAGCAUUGCCCUCAGCUGCGGGUUGAAGCCUUGAAGAUGGCCCUCACCUUCGUCCAGAGGACCUUCAACGUUGACACAUAUGAAGAGAUUCACCGCAAACUCACGGAGGCCACAAGGGAGGUCCAAGGUGUGCCGGACACAGUGCCUGAAGGUGGGGCUGUUCCUCCUCCCUUAGAUUCAGCGUGGGCCGAGUCUACACGGAAAAAGGCUCUGCUUAAACUUGAGAAGCUGGAUACAGAUCUUAAGAACUACAAGGGAAAUUCCAUUAAAGAGAGCAUCAGGAGGGGCCAUGAUGAUUUGGGGGACCACUACCUGGACUGUGGUGACCUCAGUAACGCCCUCAAGUGCUACUCCCGAGCCAGAGAUUACUGCACCAGUGCUAAACAUGUCAUUAACAUGUGUUUGAAUGUCAUCAAGGUUAGUGUUUACCUCCAGAACUGGUCCCAUGUACUGAGCUACGUCAACAAGGCAGAAUCCACACCAGAGAUAGCAGAGCAAAGAGGAGAGCGAGAUAGCCAAAAUCAAGCAGUCCUCACCAAAUUAAAGUGCGCUGCAGGCCUUGCAGAAUUGGCCUCAAGAAAAUACAAACCAGCUGCCAAGUGCUUUCUGCAGGCGUCCUUUGACCACUGUGACUGUCCAGAGGUGAGUUGCGGUCAGCCAGUGGGUCCAAUGCUCCUCUCACCCAGUAAUGUUGCCGUGUAUGGGGGUUUGUCUGCUUUGGCCACAUUUGACAGACAGGAGCUCCAGCGCAACGUCAUCUCCAGCAGCUCCUUUAAGUUAUUUCUAGAGUUGGAACCUCAGAUCCGUGACAUCAUCUUCAAGUUCUAUGAGUCGAAGUACGCGUCUUGCCUGAAGCUGCUGGAUGAAAUGAAGGAUAACCUCCUGCUGGACAUGUACCUGGCCCCGCAUGUCAAGACACUGUACAGCCAGAUCAGGAACAGAGCCCUCAUUCAGUAUUUCAGCCCCUAUGUGUCAGCUGACAUGACUAAGAUGGCUCAGGCCUUCAACACCACAGUAGCAGCUCUGGAGGACGAGCUCACCCAGCUCAUACUGGAGGGGCUAAUCAAUGCACGGAUUGACUCCCACAGCAAGAUUCUGUAUGCAAGGGACGUGGACCAGAGGAGCACCACAUUUGAGAAGUCACUGCACAUGGGCAAAGAGUUCCAGAGACGAGCCAAAGCCAUGAUCCUCCGAGCUGCUGUGCUGCGCAACCAGAUCCACGUCAAGUCUCCACCCAGAGAAGGCAGCCAGGGUGAGCUGACACCAGCCAAUAGCCAGACCAGGAUGAGCACCAACAUGUGAAGAGGAUGUCCUCUUCAUCGUCUGCACGCUGACUCUGCUGAAUGAGAGGAAUCACCCAAACACCAACCACCCAAUCCUCAGUUUCUCAGCUGAAGACAGAAGCGACACAAUAUAAAGACUCUAUAGUUCUCUGUUGAUCUUGUGUCCCUGUAUGAAGAUACAGGGAAUAAAACCUUUUGAUAGUCUGAUUUUGUGGAGGUUUUGGACGAGAUGAAAAUGUUCUUUGAUGAAGUGCAGCACUUAUGCUGCAGGUUUACUGGUAGGCUAAGCACUUUGUUCUGCUCACACACAAUGGAGGCCUGAUUUAACACAAACAAGGUUUUAAAAUAAAAACGCCUGCCGAAACGUACAACUCUGUCGUUUUUUACAUGUCUCCAUUGUCAGUUUUGCCAAUUGCUGGAACUUAGUGAUUUGGGACAAAAAGGAGAUGGGAUGAUGCCCCAUUGUAUCCACUGUAUGUACAGUGGCUCUGUCAGACCUGUUAGGUACAGUGUAAGCUUGAAACAGCAUUUUAUUCUAUGGUUUAAACACGGUGCGUUAAGUGCUGCUGCAAGUUUACCACUAUAGCCCAAAUCAUUAUGGACAGGGACGUGUUAGGCUCUCGUCACAAAUGUUUGAUAUUAAUAGACUCUCAGCCUGUUCUUCCUUGAUGAUAUUAGGAAUGUGGAUGAAGUGUGUUUGGUGGGGCCAGCUUGGCUGACUUCAGUAGGCGUGGUCUGCCACAAAAAGAGAAUCGUGAGCUGCUGUUCCUUUCUUUCCAGAGGACAAAUAAUUUCCCAGAGCUGCCUGGCUGUUACUCUGUGUUGAAACAUAAAGCAAAGCAUAGUUAAUUUCUCUGCCAGGAUUUUACACAAAUAGCUCGGAACUCUUGCAUGACUGGUUACCAGGAUGCAUGAAACCACUGGGAGGAGAGUCUACAUUAGCCAAGUUUUUUAUUUAAGUACAAUUUUGACAUACUCUUACUUUCCUAUAUGGAGUAGAAUAUGUCUGUGUUUCCUAUGUGGCUGUAAACUAAGCAGCUGCAACGGAGGCUGUUGCUAAACUGUUGUUAUUUCCUUAAAUUGGAAGGCAUAUUUAUUCGGAGAUAUUAAUUUAUAAUGCCUCCACCAGCCAAUCAAGUUCUGUUGUUAAGGCCAAAUUGCCUGUAUGGUCAUAGCAUCAACGCUGCUCCACGAUUCUACUGUGUGUCACGGUUCUCUGUUGUUCACACAUGCGUGUCUGCUGGGGAGCUGCAAAGUGUAUGAUCCCUGUAUUUUCUUUUAAUAAAAAUUGUGCGGACAUUCUC